AGUUUGGCUCGAGAGGUUCUGGGACAAGCCUGCGAAGUCGAGCCCAGGUUCCCUCGAUCGGCUGCGCGAGAUGGCUUCCUGGGUCCCGGUCGCGGCGCUCGCCCUCGUGGCGACAGGAGCAGCAGCCGUCGCAGCGAACCCAGCGGGCUGCGCGGCGGACGAGGAGGGCGACGGGGUUGGGCUGCUGCAGUCGACUGGCACCAGCGCGAGGGUCGGAGGCCACGCCGACGCGGACCCCUCGGGCGGGUGGGUGCCGCCGAGGGCCACGUGUCCCUUCAUGUCUACGGAGUGCGGCACGGGCUGCUGCCAGACGAUGUACGACUGCGAAGGCAACACGACGUGCAGGGGCUCAUUUGGCCGCCCAGACAAGGACCCCACUCCCGCGAAGGUCAGCUGCCCGACGUUCGGCUACCGCAGCUUCGGCGACCAGGGCUGCUGCCCUUCCUUCGACAAGCCGCUGCUUGGCCCCUCGAACACCUGCCUCGAAAACACGUGUGAGAACAUUCUUCAGUACCACUGCGGCGGCACGACUGGUGUAUCGGCUGGAGAUCCCACGUGCACGCCUGGCGGCACGCUUCCCGCUGAGACUAUCCCUUCUUAUAAUGGCAAGUUUCAGCGGCCAGGCGCGGCCAACGAGACUUGUACCCUUAACGGGAAGAAGUGCUACAAGUUCGUCGAUGGCAGUGGAUCCACAAGCAUCGUUGCCCCCCACUGCAGGAGCUCCAACUGAUGCCAGCCCGCGUCCAAGGAUUCCCGGGGACCCCCGUGCAAGUUUUACAGGCACGCCAGCAUUGCCCCACGGUGGAGCCAGUGCGAUUCUGGUCGAGAGGAGGUGGAAGAGGGCCAGGAACUAAAUGCACGCAUGGGGAUCUCCGCGUUUCUGAUUUUAAUGGCCUCUGGAUUGUGCCGCCGAUCCGGGGCGCUCCUGGUGUUUGUCGGCCGCCGCCGCGCUUGGGCUGGUUGAUCGUGCCGAAGCAUGUUGCCAGUCUUGUUUUCAUCAGUCUGUGUACGAGCAAAGACCAUCUCACACACACAGAAUACCAAGCGCGUGUACGGGCGCGGCCUCUGCAAGAUCCUCUCCCCUCUUUCCAUUCCUGCGAAUGGCGUUCAAGCCUUCUCAAAUCACCCAUAAUCAGACUCACUCACACACAAGCUUUUCUUCGUACAUGCGUACACAGCAUCAGUUACACUCAUGAUCAUCUCGGUGUUGCAGGCGUGGCAUUCGUCAAGGCGUUGCUUUGUUUUGCAUGCGCUGCUGUUGUCCGUUCUUCGGGGUCUUCGCAGAGACGGUUCACGCACGAGGACGUAUCCACGCGUGGUGGCGGACACGGAA